CAUCUCCAACCCCAUCCCAAAAGUGUCCAAACGGGUCGCCAGGCCCGUUAUAAACUAUACAAAGAUGCCGUCCGCCACUGGUUCCAGCGCCGCCGCCUCAAGGAGGGUCAUCUGCAUCUUCUACUCGCCGCGACUGCACGGUGACACCGCCGACCCUCCAUAAUUCCUCUUCCUCAAGUUACUCCGCCGAACCCGAGUGCUGGCCCUCGGGAGACAACAUCAUCACUUCUGGCCAGUUUGUUCCCUCACCUCAAGCGCCGCUCCUUUCAUCUCACUCGUUCUCCGCCGCCUCGUCUGCCGCCUUCGACAAUCCCACAGACUGGCUCCUCAACCCCACCUCUCAGCCGCCCCCUUUGCCCCCCAAUGCCCUUUACGAUCUUGAUCCAGGAUUCAGCCAUAGGGCCGACGACUUUUUGCUCGACGACUCCACUUUCUUUAAUUUCAGCACUGCCAAUACGGGAGAUGUGAAAACUAUGUCUCAACGUUAUGGUGGCUUUUAUCCCGAUAUUAGUCAGGACAGUAUAUUUGCGCAUAACACACAACCCCUCCAACAACCACCUCUCAAGCUCUCGGAUAAGCCUGUUACCUCUGGAACCCCCAGUCCCUCGAACUGCGAAUCCUCCGCCAAUCCCUCCCGCAUAGAGAAGCGCAAGCAAAACACACUCGCAGCUCGUCGCUAUCGCCAAAAACGGGUUGAUCAAAUGAAGCAACUCGAGGAUGCGCUGAGGGAGACCGAACGCGAGCGCGACGCCCUGAAAGUCCGAGUUGCUAGGCUGGAAGGAGAAACAGAAACUUUGAAGCAGAUGCUCGAGAAUCGGCGGUAGUUGGAAUCACUGCUUUGCGCGUCAUUCUUUUGCAACGUGCCUCUUUUGCAAUAUGCUUCUGUUUCCAAUGGUUUGGUCUGGUCGAGCUUUUUUCAAAGACGUCUCGAUCUCAGGCAAGUUCUUCAUGAUUACCACUAGACAUCUUAGGGGGAUUCACGCGCCUUGGCUCUUUUGUGUUUUUUGAUCCUAAAUGCGGUCAAUCGUUGCCUCAGUUACUCGAAUCUAUUUUCUUUGUUGAUGACCAUUUCCAGUCGCAUGGCAAAUUCCGCUGCAUAGCACAUCCGUAAUGAGUGAGUUCGAGAUGCACGUGAACUAUGAAUGCAGUGUCUAGAAAUCCUGACUGAAAUGAGAGAGGAGCAAGCCUACAGAAGCGCAAGUAUUCACUGGUCAUGCACUAUAAAGCCGGAUAAGUAACCAUUAGUUGUACUUGUAGAUGCUGCAUGGAUUUUGUAGUUGAUAAGAACUUAUAUAUCUGCUAGAGAUACUUUCCAC